UUUUCAACCGAACUUCCACCGAUGAAGGACGGCGGGCCAGCCUCCGGAGGAGCUGAUGCAGGUGUACCCAGUAUCAUCACCUUCUGUCCAAAAGCCUUGCCCCUGAUCGACGGCGGUGAAGAAUUAGAAGCAAAAAUUGAGAAGAAAGAGAAGGAUCCAAGAAAAAUUGCGAGAAAGUAUCAAUUGGAUCUCUGCCAGAAAGCCGUUGAAGAGAAUGUUAUUGUGUAUUUGGGGACUGGUUGUGGGAAGACUCACAUUGCCGUGUUACUAAUACAUGAGUUUGGUAACAUGAUACGGAAGCCUCAGAAGAAAAUAUGCGUUUUUCUUGCUCCUACAGUGGCUCUGGUUCAGCAGCAAGCCAGGGUGAUAGAAGAUUCCACAGAUUUUAAAGUUGGAACUUACUGUGGGAAAUCCAAGAACCUGAAGAACCAUAAAGAUUGGGAAAAAGAGCUGGAACGAUAUGAGGUUCUUGUUAUGACCCCCCAAAUACUAGUGCGCAACUUAUAUCAUUGUUUCAUCAAGAUGGAUUUAAUUGCUCUCCUGAUAUUUGAUGAGUGUCACCAUGCCCAAGCCACAAGCAAUCAUCCUUAUGCAGAAAUUAUGAAAGUUUAUUAUAAAAAUAACAUUUUAAAACUUCCCCGAAUAUUUGGCAUGACAGCUUCUCCAGUUGUUGGGAAAGAUGCUUCUGAUAAAGCAAAUUUACCAAAAAGCAUAAACAGUCUUGAGAACUUACUUAAUGCUAAGGUAUAUUCAGUUGAAGAUAAGGAUGAGUUGGAAAGUUUUGUAGCAUCUCCUGUAGUUAAAGUGUAUGAAUAUGGUCCUCUUUCAAGUGAUAUGUCUAGUUCCUACAUCCAUUAUCGUGUUAAACUUGAUGAGAUCAAACACCAGUGCAUCUCAACACUUAGCCAGAAGAUUGGCGAUCAUCAGUCUAUCCGUAAUAUCAAAAGGCUACUGCUGAGAAUGCAUGCUAAUAUACUCUUUUGCUUGGAGAAUCUUGGCCUUUGGGGAGCUUUACAAGCUAGCCGACUUUUCUUAAAGGGUGAUCACUCUGAGAGAAAUGAACUAAUAGAAGAGGAAGGAAAUUUGGCUGAUGACUCUUUAUGUGAUAAAUAUCUUGUUCAGGCUGCUGAUAUUUUGGCUUCUGAUUUUGGGAAAGAUGGGAUUCAAACUGAUUUGUCUUGUGUUGAGGAAUUGAAGGAGCCUUUUUUCUCAGGAAAGCUUUUACGACUUGUUGGAAUCCUUUCCAACUUCAGGUUACAGCCAAACAUGAAAUGCAUAGUUUUUGUCAAUAGGAUUGUUACUGCAAGAUCAUUAUCAUAUAUACUACAAAAUCUUAAGAUUCUAGCAUCUUGGAAGUGUCACUACCUUGUUGGUGUGCACGCUGGAGAUAGGACUAUGUCGCGAAAGACCAUGAAAAUUAUUAUUGAGAAGUUCCGAACUGGAGAGUUGAAUCUUUUGGUUGCCACUAAAGUGGGUGAAGAAGGACUGGACAUUCAGACAUGCUGCCUUGUGAUACGUUUUGAUCUUCCGGAAACUGUUGCUAGCUUCAUUCAAUCAAGAGGUCGUGCUCGAAUGCCUCAGUCUGAAUAUGCAUUUCUGGUUAACAGUGGGAACCAGAAGGAGCUAGAUUUGAUUAAACAUUUCAAAAAUGAUGAACGUCGAAUGGAUUCAGAAAUUACUUCUAGAACAUCUAAUGAGACAUUUCCCAGUCUCGAGGAAAGCAUGUAUAAAGUUGAUUCAUCUGGUGCUUCUGUCAGUGCUGGAUAUAGCAUCUCAUUGCUUCAUCAUUACUGUUCAAAAUUACCACAUGAUGAGUACUUUGACCCCAAACCAAAGUUUUAUUACUUUGAUGAUUUAGGUGGAAGUGUCUGCCACAUAAGUUUACCUUCAAAUGCUCCAUUUCCUCAAAUUACCAGCGACCCAAAAUCUUCAAAUGAAGCUGCUAAAAAAGAUGCUUGUCUGAAAGCAAUUGAAGAAUUGCAUAAGUCGGGUGCCUUGAGUGAUUACCUCUUGCUAGAGCAGGAUAAUGUUGUUGAAGAGGAUAUGGUGAUGGCUGAUCCUGAUUUGGAUAGUUUUGAAGAUGAAGAUUCACGGUGCCAACUGCAAGAGAUGAUAGUUCCAGCUGCACUUAAAGAACCAUGGGCUGAUGGGGAGAAUCCGGUUGUUCUUAACUGUUAUUUUGUAAAAUUCAUUCCAUAUCCUGAGGAUAGGAGCUACAAAGAAUUUGGUCUUUUUGUCAAGGCUCCACUCCCAAAAGAGGCUGAGAAAAUGGAACUUGAGCUUCACUUGCGUCGACGCAGAUCUGUCAUGACAAAAUUUGUUCGGUUAGGAGUUACAACAUUUAACAAAGAUGAGAUUAUGGAGGCACAACUUUUUCAAGAAAUGUUCUUGAAGGUCAUCCUAGAUCGGUCACAAUUCAUGUCUGAAUUUGUUCCCUUAGGAAAGGAUGCUUUUUCUAUGUCAAGCAAUUCAACUUUUUACCUGUUGCUUCCUAUGGUUUUGCAUGAUUGUGAGAAAAAACUGACUGUUGACUGGACAAUGAUGCGGAGGUGUUUAUCAUCUCCAAUAUUUAAGAGUCCUGCAGAAAUUAUAAUGAAUGAAAUUCCUCCUUCAGAUUGCUUGGAACUUGCAAAUGGUUGCAGGAGUAGAACUGAUGUUGUAAAUAGUUUGGUACAUGUGCCACACAAGGAUGAAUUUUGUUUUGUUACUGACGUUGUUGAUGAAAAGAAUGGAUACAGCCCAUACAAAGAUUCAGAAGCUACGAACUUUAUGGAGCACUUCAUUAAUAGGUUUAACAUUCAUCUUAAACAUCCUGAACAACCACUUUUGCGUGCUAAGCCACUGGCUAGUUUGCACAAUUUGCUAUGUAACCGAAAGCCAGAGGAUGCAGAAGCACAUGAAUUGGAUGAGUUCUUCUAUGAUUUGCCUCCCGAGGUUUGUCACUUGAAGAUACUAGGCUUCCCCAAAGAUGUUGGGAGUUCACUUUAUUUGUUACCAUCUGUCAUGCAUCGCCUGGAGAACUUGCUUGUGGCUAUUGAAUUGAAGACUGUGUUGUCUACUUCAUUCCCAGAGGCUGCUGAAGUUAAAGCUGAUACGGUUCUAGAGGCACUCACUACAGAGAAGUGCCAGGAACGCUUUUCUCUUGAAAGGUUUGAAGUACUUGGUGAUGCCUUCCUCAAAUAUGCUGUUGCUCGCCACCUCUUUCUAUUGCAUGGUGCCCUUGAUGAAGGAGAGCUUACUAGGAAAAGGUCAAAUGCUGUAAAUAAUUCCAAUUUGUUCUUGCUAGCGACAAGAAGGAAUUUACAGGCAUACAUACGUGAUAAACCAUUCGAUCCUUGUCAGUUUUUUACUUUUGGACGUCCUUGUCCAAUCAUUUGUAGCAAAGAAACAGAAGAAAAAAUUCAUUUGCAAGAUCACAGUUCACAGCCAGAUCAACCUAGAUGCAGUAGAGGUCACCACUGGCUACAUAAGAAAACAAUUGCUGAUGUUGUUGAGGCUCUUGUUGGAGCAUUUUUAGUUGAUAGUGGCUUCAAAGCUGCAACUGCAUUUCUUCAAUGGAUUGGCAUAAAAGUGGAUUUUGAAGCUUCCCAAGUUACCCACGCUUGCAUUGCAAGCAAAAACUACAUGCCACUUGCUUCUCAAGUGGAUGUUAGUGUUCUUGAAAAGUCAUUGGAAUACCAAUUUCUUCAUAGAGGUUUGCUUCUACAGGCAAUUAUUCAUCCUUCCUACAACAAGCAUGGCGGAGGCUGCUAUCAGAGAUUGGAGUUUCUUGGAGAUGCUGUCCUGGAUUAUUUAAUUACAUCAUAUCUAUUUUCAGUCUAUCCAAAGUUAAAACCUGGUCAGCUAACAGAUUUGCGAUCAGCAUCAGUCAAUAACAAGGUCUUUGCCAAUGUAUCAGUAUGUCGGUCCUUCCACAAAUUUCUUCUUUCAGAUUCUCAUGGCCUCUCUGAGGCCAUAGAAAAGUAUGCGGACUUCGUUUCAUCAUUAUCACCUGAAGGACAAUCAUUUAAAGAGCCAAAAUGUCCAAAGGCUCUCGGUGACUUAGUGGAGUCUUGCUUGGGUGCCAUUCUUCUUGAUACAGGGUUCAACUUGAAUCGUGUUUGGAAGAUAAUGCUGUCUCUUUUGGAUCCAGUCAAGAGUUUUUCCAAUGUGCAGCUUAAUCCUAUCCGGGAACUACGGGAACUUUGCCAAGCUCAUAAAUUUGAGCCGCAGUCUUCUUACUCAAAAAGAGGUGGAAAUUUUGAGGUGGUUCUUAAAGUAAAUAUCAAAGGUGUUCCUUCGGAAUUUUCUGCAGUCAACCGAAACAAAAAAGAUGCUCUAAGAAUUGCUUCACAACAGCUAUUUGGAGAGCUAAAGUCUCAAGGUUAUGCAUCAAAGUCUAAAACUUUGGAGGAAGUUCUAAAGGGAAUAAACAAGAUGGAACCCUGCCUGAUUGGAUAUGAUGAAAAGCCCAUAGAGGUUACUAUUCCAGACACAACUGCAUUUGAAAACAUGAAAUUGGAAGAACCUUCUAGCAAUUUUAAACUCAGAACCCAUUCCAACAGAAAAACAAAUACUAGCUCACUGGGCAGCUCACACCUUGGUCUUCCACAAUCAUCUCAAUCUGAAGUGGUUGGAAGAGUGCCCGGUAAUUCCUUGCCAGAUGCUAAUUGUGGGAUUAUCUCACCGUGUACAGAUGAGUCAACGAAAGUAACUGCCAAACAACGGUUAUAUGAAAUUUGUGCUGCCAAUUUUUGGAAGCCACCUGUGUUUGAGUGCUGUGCAGAGGAAGGACCAAGCCACUUGAGAUCAUUCACGUACAAGGUUAUUGUGGAGAUAGAAGAAGCCUCAAAUUUGACAUUGGAAUGCUAUGGAUCUUCAAAGUCAAAAAAGAAAGCCGCGGCAGAUGAUGCAGCAGAAGGUGCACUUUGGUACUUAAAGCAUGAAGGGUACUCACGUUAGAUUCAGCCACAGAGAUAACCUUUUUAACUUACUGCCUAACUCCUGGAGAUCAAUUUUCAAUCAGGUCUCUCCAUGCUCGCAUCUUGUUCUGUUCUACCGUAACUAACAACUCCAAGGUGCCGGGUAUUAUGGGUAAAUACUUACUUUUAGCCCUUUAGCUUAAUAACUUUGUAGGUUUUAGCUGUUACUUUAUGCUAUGACACUUUUAGCUUUUCACCUAUUCAAAUCGAAGAAAAUAACCUUUAUUUAACGUCAGGUUAUAAUGUUUUGUUAGUUUUGUUAGCUGAUUGUUAGUUCUGUUAGUUGAUUGUUAACUCUAUUAAUUGACUGUUAGCAUUUCGUUAACAGAAUUAACAAACAAAAUUGAAUUUAAAUUUCAUGUUUUUUAUAAUGAAAUGCUAACGGUUAAUUAGUAGAGUUAAUAGUCAAUUAAUAAAAUUAACAGUUAGCUAACAGGACAUUAAAUAAGUGUUAUUUUCUUCGAUUCCUAUAGGUAAGGGGUUGAAAAUGUCAUAAUAAAAGGUAAAGAGUUAAAACUUACAAAUUUAUUAAGAUAAAAAAGACUAAAAAUUAGUUUUUGCCGGGAUUAUGUUAGUGCAUUAUUUCAUUAUUUUGAAACAUACUUUAACCUUCUAGCAAAAAAAAAAGAAACAUAUUUUAACCACAUUGUAUCUUGAACAAUGCCUUGCCUGCUAAAGAUAACAUUUUCGUUUCUUCGGCUCGGAUACAAAAUAUCUUCACUGGAAAAAAAAAAAAAAAAAAAAAAAAAAAGAAAAAGAAAGAAAAGAAAAGAAGAGCUUUCAUCUGGCAUGUAUGAUGUUAGCAUCUUUGAAUUUGAUGAAUGGAUUCAAAUAAACACUGUUCUCUUGAUAAUAAAUUUUGCUAUGUAAAUGUAGAAAAUUAUAAAGAAAAUCUUAUUUU